AUGGCUGAAGAAUACCUCAUGGUGAGGCCCGAAGAAUUUCAACAACUCAUUCAAUAUUACAAAGGACAAAUUACGGACAGUGCCUUACUAAACAAAGCAGGUCGUGUUGCUGCCAAAGAGCAUAUUAUUGUAAACAAUCCAAGGGUGCCGAAUGCACAGACUAGAGAAAUGUUCCAAGAACGUAGACAAUUGACGAAACGAUUAAGAGAUAUUCCAAGUGUACUCACGGCCGAUUUGGCAGAUGUAGAGUCUGAAGAAAGUGCCAUGACAGAAGAAAUUGUGGAAAAUUUACUCAAAUGCAAGGCACGGGUACGGUUCUUCACUCUUCAUCCAAAGGAUCUGUGA